UGAGGGUCGGGUGGUGACUUAUUGACCAGAGACGUUUUUAACUUAGCAGGCCAGUCGCCUCCCAUCAGCAGAGGAGUUGAACCUGAACCUGAAUCAGAACCAGAACCAGGAGUAGGACACGGACCUGAACCAGGACCUGGACCUGAACCUAAACCUGAACCUGGACCUGGACCUGAACCUGAACCUGAACCAGGACCAGAACCAAAGGAGUCCAGUUCAGUCUGAAGCUGCAGUCAUGGUUGAUGUGAAGCAGCGGAGCAGCGGGGUGUCUCCUCCGGACGGGGGAUGGGGCUGGGUGAUUGUUGGCUGCUGCUUCAUGGUGACGGUCUGCACACGAGCAGUGACCAGGUGCAUCUCCAUCUUCUUCAUGGAGUUUCAGGCUCAUUUUGGAGCCGACUACUCGGAGACAGCGUGGAUCCACAGUCUGUUGGACUGCACCACGAUGCUCUGUGCUCCUGUCGGCAGUCUGUUUGGGACCCGGUGGUCCUGCCGGGGGACGGUGAUGUUGGGAGGACUCAUCUCGUCCUGUGGCCUCCUCCUCAGCUCCUUCACCAGCAGCCUGGAGCUGCUCUAUGUCUUCAUGGGCGUCCUCACAGGUCUGGGUUUCGCUCUCUGUUACACGCCGGCCAUCGCCAUGGUGGGCUGUUACUUCCGGCGGAGGAAGGCUCUGGCGUACGGUGUCGCCAUGUCGGGCAGCGGGAUCGGGACGUUCGUGCUGGCCCCCGCUGUGCAGCUGCUAAUCGAGCUGUACACGUGGAGGGGGGCGCUGCUCGUCCUCAGCGCCUUCGUCGCCAACCUCUGCGUCUGUGGGGCGCUUCUUCGACCAAUCACACUGCGGGAGGAGGAGGCGGAGGAGGAGGGGGGGGACAGACGUGGAUGUUCGUCAUCAGGUGCGUCGCCCUCUCCUUCUUCUUUACCGUCGCUGCCCCUGCUGCCGGGAAACCCCGCCCCUCAGGUGGAGAGGAGGCGAUGCUUCAGCUCCUGGUCCAGUAAGGAGUACCGCUUCCUGCUGCUGCCGGACUUCCUGCUCCUGGCCGUGUCCUUCCUGUUCUUAGCCAGCGGCUGCAGCCUCCCCUUCGUCUACCUGGUGCCCUAUGCUCUGCACGCCGGCGUCAGCCACCAGCACGCCGCCUUCCUCAUGUCCAUCCUUGGAGUCAUUGACAUCGUGGGGAACAUCACCUUCGGCUGGCUGACAGACCACAGGUGUUUGAAGCCGUACCGUCUCACCUGUUACAUCGUCUCCGUGGCGAUGGAGGGUCUCUGCUGCCUCUUCAUACCGUUGCUUCGCUCUUUCCCGAUUCUCGUGCCCUUUGCAGUUCUCUACGGAUACUUCGAUGGCGCCUACGUCGCGCUGAUCCCUGUGGUGACGUCGGAUGUGGUGGGAGCUCAGUACCUGUCCUCGGCGCUGGGUGUGGUCUAUUUCCUCCACGCCAUCCCAUAUCUCGUCAGCCCCCCCAUCGCAGGUUGGCUGGUUGACAUCACAGGAAGUUACACAGCCACCUUCCUCCUCAGUGGCGCCGCCCAGCUGGCGAGCGCGCUCAUCCUCUCUACCGUUGCUGGGAUUCGUCGCUGCUGCCUCCACCGCCCACCCGCCCACAAAGAAUGAGCCCCUCCCCCACAGCCUAUCCGACCAAUCGGACUGUGUCAUCGGUAGUAGGUGGUCGCCUCGUAGCGUUGAACUCCUGUUUUUAUGUCAGAGGAACAAUCACGUGCUCUAGGUUUUAACUCAGGUAUUGAUCAGGUCAGUUUGUCCAAACAUCAACAUUCAUUGACUGUGAGCUUCCUGUUCCUGUCAAAAUAAGAGUCCCACUGGUUGUUUUAUGAUGAAAAGUCAGGAGUGAAGGAAGAAGAGUCCACCUGUUUGUUACCUUGGUGACAGAAGCUGCUGUUCUAGAUUAGAACAUUCACAGAAAAUUAAAUGUCUUAAAAUUGUUAUACCUUUGUCACAUGAGAAAAACAAGUAAAGAAAACAAUGAACAUUCUGUCAAAGUCA